UACACGAGCGCUCGUCCAGCGAGCAUCGUCGUCGGUCGAGUCGGUCGGGAUGAUACACCUCGUGUCCGAGGAGCGAGCCACGAGCAGCCGAUCCGAGGGCCGGGCAGAUUGCUAGUUUUCCGCGACCCCCGAGAACGCCCGCGGUGGGAACGAAAUAGAGAGAGAGCGCUAAAUAGAUAAAGAGCCGUAGAAGUGCGCGCCCUGACCGCGGGACGGCUCGAGAGCCGCCGACAUAGAGCAAGCUCGCUCCACGCGCGCGAGAGGACUCCCGAGGGGGCAGGUCGAUCUCUCGGCGACCUUCGGCGAUCUUCGGCGAUCCCGGCUCGGCUCGGACAUCGCGGCCGGCGGGAGCGCCCGACUCGCGGAGCAGGCCCUCCGACCGCGCGAGGACCGCCCUUAUUGGUCGAUUACCCUGGGCCGCGGACCAAUCAGCGGGCGCGCCGAGCGGCAGGAGCCCCGACACCCGGCCGCGCCGCGGCGCCGCGCGAGUCCUCGCUCAGUCGCCCGCAUCCCCGCGCACCGGAGGUCGGCCCGCUCGGCGGAGCGCCACAGGACCGGACUGGACCAGCCGCACUGACGAGAGCCCCCUUUUCCAGUGUCGAGUGGCCGGUUAAUUUUCAAAAGUGAAGUGACACGGAGUUACCGCACGGCCCGGACAUGGUGCCACAACAGCAAGACAGCCCCUCGAGCUCGGGCAUACCCCUCUUCGGGUCCCUCCUCGUGGAUAAAAACUCGACGACGCCCUACUCGGACGCGACUCAGACCAAGAAGAACAACCCAAACCACAUAAAGCGACCAAUGAACGCGUUCAUGGUCUGGUCGCAGAUCGAGCGUAGGAAGAUCUGCGAGGUGCAGCCGGACAUGCACAACGCGGAGAUCAGCAAGAGGCUGGGAAGGCGCUGGAAGACGCUGGACGAGGCCGAGAGGAGGCCCUUCAUCGAGGAGGCCGAGAGGCUGCGCCAGUUGCACAUGAUGGAGUACCCCGACUACAAGUACCGCCCUAGGAAAAAGACGACGAAGCCGGCGCCAGUACCGAAAGCGAAGGAGUCGAAGAAGCCGAAAAAGAGCUCGCCGACUUCCGGGACGACGACCACCCCUGUACUCUCGGCGAAGCCGAAAAACGACACCAACAACAACAUGCAGACCCCGGUGAAGAGGUUGCAGUCGCCCCCCACAACGAAUCCCGUGUCGAGGCUUAAGGUCCGCCUAGCUCUGGACAAGAGGCCCACCGACUACACCCCGGCACCGCCCAUCGUCACCGCAAAAGUGCCCAGCAGUCCAUCCUGCGACACCCCGGACUCGCCCGAGUCCGCCAGCUUCUACGACGACAACUUCCUAGAGUGCAACGCGGCCGGCUUCGUGACGGCAGCUGCACCUGCGGCUCCUCCGGCUGCACCUGCGAGCACGACGAUGGUGGGGGUCGCGUCCGCAGUGGGGAUCGCCACGAAGAUCAAGCAGGAGAACACCAUACCCCAGGCCACCGAGCUGGACUUCAAGACGGAGUUCAAGCCGGACUUUGCGAACGAUCGGCUGUUGUCCUCGGUCAGGCCGUUCGCCAGGGAGCUGGAGAUGAGUCCCCUCGAGAGGAACUUCCAGAGGAUACCCAUGGGUGGCUGCAUGGACGGCUCGUUCGUGGUCAAGCAGGAGCCCAUCGAAGUCGCCUCUGGACAGAACGUCAAGCUCGAAGAGCCCACGAACUCCAGCCUGGCCGACCUUGAUUCCUUGACGGACCUGCUCCAGAUACAGCCGUCCGACUUCAAGCUCGACCUCGACAUGGAGACCAUCACCACGGACCUCGACUCCUUCGAGACAGCCAGCUCCAGCAGCGGGUCGCAUUUCGAGUUCACCUGCACCCCUGAUGUCACGGACAUGCUCUCCGAUAUCGGGGUGAACAACGAGUGGGUCAGCUUUUGAGGCGGGACCAGAGGGGAGCGAGCCCGUUGAAGUCGUCUAACUUGCUGAUGUCGACGUCGAGGAGCCACGUCGGAUCCUAGGGCGACCAAGGCCUAGGUUACUUUGGAGUCGCGACUCCUCCUGGCACCCUCUUCAGGGUCUUUGGCGAGAUUAAAUCAGUCUUCUCCGGGGAAUGGACGGGGAGCAAAGAGGAGCAGGACGGGUCCGGCUUGCCACGGUUUGGAGAUCGACAUGGUGGAGCCAGGGCGCCUUCCAUGGACCAGAGUGAGGGAAGUUGGCGGUUCCUUGGGCAUCUUGUGAUGCCGUCUCAUCGGUUCCACCCUCAUCGAGCUAGGAGUCCACUUGGGGGCUUUCCGAAGGUGGAGAAGUCGCGGUCGCUGCCUCUGUCUUCCAAGGCCACCAAGAGCUCCUCUCGGAAGAGGUCGACUUCGGUCAUCCUAGAACCAUUGUUGAGCCCUUCGCGUCCAUCCUGGUUGGCGGCGUCUUCUGGGGGCGGUCGCGGUGGAGCGUAGCGUCGAAUCCUAAGAAAUCAGAGAUUCAUCGUUCCGAAGAAAUUCCACUUUUGAUCCGAGUAAUUAUUAUCUGGCUCGAGUAAAUUGUCAGAAUUCCGAGGAAAUGUCGCGUCCAAUUUAAUCGAUUUCAUUCGAGUCAUGUAAUUAUUCCUUGAAUUGACGAAACAUCUCUCGGAUUCGAUGAAGAUUCUUUUUUCACCGCGGAGAAGGGUCCUUUGCCCCACUGGGGGUUAUGGGGAAGAGGGGGUGCACUCCUCCCGGGAGACGAGGGCUUUCAACGAUCUGGCCCGACCGGAGCGUCCUCGUCGGGCCCUCUUCGUCCUCGGGAUGGUCCCCUCGUCCUUCAUCUCAAGGCCGCCCUUAUCCUCGAAUUAUUCAUAGCGAUUCGCACGCGUGCACGCACACUCACCUCGGAGGGAGCAUGCGGUUUUUAAAGGGCCUCCGGCUCCCCGAGAUGCAACUCUCGGAGGGAGGGAAAAGGAGGAGUCAAAUAAACGAGAGCAAGCGUGCACGCGCGUCCAUGGCGACGGCUGCCGGAAGUGGGCCCAAGGCCCAGCUGUUCCCUUCAGGAAGGCUCAAAAAUGCCGAUCUUGCUCGUCGGACGGAAUACUUAUUGUUAGACCUGGUACACACGUGCGUGUUUUUAGAUUACACCGCUGGAAUUGCGAUUUGGGGUACCUCCGAUUCACCAGGACGCUGUACACUCACGCACGUUUGCCGCAGUGCACGCAAUUCUACACACACUUGUGUGUGGUUGGGUACACAGAAAGACGCGAAAUGUCUAAAACACGCAUGUGUGCAGUGGGUCCCUGGCUGCAGAUACACUGCAGCUGAUGAGACCAGAUCCGACUGAAACGGGUUCAUCUCCCCGCAGAAAAAAAAGAAAAUGCAUUGUAAUAAAAAUUCGGUUACCUCGGAAAAUAUGAGAGACUUGAUACAAUGGGCCAGACAAUUAUUUCGGACGAAUUUCUCUGCUGCUUUGGCAAGACAAAUGGUACCUCACCGAGGCGACACAACGACAAUAUUUUUGGUGGUCGUCGCGAAAUUAGCGUGAAAAUUUAGCAGGCGUUAUUUUUAGGGGUAGUUCUUGGGUACGUCCACGGUUGGUGCCAUUGCAGCAAGGCUCUUAUUACGGGAAUAAUUGGCUAAGAAGUGACCGUUUCUAUCGGAUCCGGUCUAGUCCGAUCAGCAAAGUCAUUUACUUCUCUCGGAGGUUAGUCCGUCCGGACUCUUAAGCCGCUCCGUCUCGAUCCUUUAUCUAGUGAUGAGCAAGCUCUGUCUAGGUCUUGGUAAAAAAUCGGAAGACCCAAACUAAGGCCAAAGUCUAGGCCAAGCCCUAAAAACUGUUGCAAGAUACCCUUGCAAGAUCAAGAUGGUACCCUUAGUCAUGGUCAUGCAUUUGCUCGUCACUAGUCGACAAGCCCGAUCAGCUGAUUUUGACAGCCGGUCGGACCAUCCCUGAUCAGCUGACUUUGGCAGCUGUCCAGUCCCUUGUACCAUACGCGAGUUCGCGCACAACGUCAAGGCGCUCCCAGGGCCCGCUUCCGGUCCCCGCGUUUCUUGUUCCUCCCCGCCGGGCCCUAUGAGAAAAAAAAAAAAAAUGAAAUAUGGACCCGACGUGGACGCGAAUUGUGCAAUUCCCGAGGGGCAUUAUUCGCCGAUGCACGAGCUUCUUCCUGCGUCGCCGACGCCAGAUCGACAGGGUGGGCCCGGGGGGCGGGCCUGUGGAGGCUGUAUAAAUCUAUUACACUUACAUUUGCGUCGGUUUCAAAGUAUAUAGAUGAACGUUUUUUUUGUAUAUGUACUGUAGCAUACUAGAUGAUAAGCGGACUUUUGUACGAGGAACGGCAGGCGAGGUGUGGCGAGCGCCGCGCGAGUCCCCCGGGAAGUGUGUCCGAUUCGGGCCCGAGGGGCCUCAUCCGCUGCGUGGAGUUCCGAAGGCCGUAAGUUCCCUCGGGAACCACCAUAAAAACCCGGUAACUUCUCCUCGAUUUUUGCCCAAAGCUCGCCCCUUUUUCUUUCGGGAGAAAUCGCGAGAAAUUUCAUUCUCGCGUUCCUCUCUCGACCCGGCGACCAGCGGCGUUUGCCGAUCGCUCGCCCGCCAUAUUUGUUGUGUAUAUCGUUAGAUGCAUAUUUAGUAAUAUAUAACUCCUUGUAGAAUAUCGCGCAGAGGUAGAAAGCAAUCUUAUGUGGUAAGGAGGCGAGGUGGAGGCGAUCCGAGGGGGCGAUCGCAGGACUCGAUGGGGUUUUGCGACUCGGCGAGGUCGAAAAGGAGUCCGGGACCUGUCCUGGAGAUCCUCGGAAUACUCCUGGAUCCUUUUCGACGUCGACUUCGCCCGAUCGAAGGUCCUAGAUCGAAAACCAGUCACGCGGAUCACGCGCAAAUAAAGGGUUGCGACGCGUAACGAGCUACACGGGAAUAUUAAAAAAAAAAAGAAGAAGCCGCGUUACGGUAGGGAUAUUAACGAGGAUAAGAGUAAUCGUAUUUGAUAACGUGUUAACGGUAUAAUUACGCACUAUCCUUUAUGAAGCAUUACGAGGAAACGAUAUCUUACUAUACACCCCCAUUUAAUAUUUGUAGGGAGCCUAGUGGUUGCGAAAUUCUUCUUUCUUACGGCGGAACGCUACGGAUAUAUACAUACGUACAUAUGUAAUAUCGAUUAUAUAUGUUGCGAGGGGGUUAACCAAGUGACGUAUUUUGUCCACCGCGCCACGGCAAAACGUCGUCUGAUUAAUCGAGUAUCGGCCCUUCAAAGUGUCGCGCCGGUUUCGAGUUAACUUAACCUAUUAUAUCAAACUUUGAUCUCAUGUUCUUUACAUUUAUUUUGUGUUCUUUUUGUUCUCAAUGUUUCUACUCUCUAUCUCUCUUUCGUUGUAUUAAUUAAACGUUACUUCGACUAAUACCAGCGAUCCCACUACCAUUCUUUUUUACGUUCUAAGGCUACGCCGUUUACGCGUUAUCUGUUUUUCUUCUCUCUCUCUCUCUCUCUCCUUUUUCUGCGUUUCUUUCCCUGCUCUUGGAUUAUGUUCUCUUGAAUUUUGGUCCUCUCUCUUUCUCGGUUUGUUUCACCUGGAGACGUUUCUAGGGCGCUGCUGGAAAUUUGGGGAUGCGCGGAUUUUAGGGAGACGCCUUCGGCACUUCCCAGGGGGUGUCCUGGAAAUUGUAAGGAAUCUCGAGAAAGCAAAAAAAAAAAUUAGAGAACGGACACUCGAGGGUGAAAUUUGAAUUUUUGAAAUUUUGCGCGGAAAGGAGAUUUUCGAGGCGGAUAAUUUCUGAAGAAAAAAAAGAAACGACCCUUAAGGGGCAGUGCCGGAGGCCGAGGAACGGGGUGUCCCCGUGCAGUAUUAAUCGCGUGGGUAUGAGAAAGGGUAGAAGAAGAAAAAAAAAAAAUAGUUAAAGGAAGUGGGACAGGACGGGGGGUGGUUUUCAUAAGGGCGAUUUUUUCCUUUCCCGUUUCCUUCCUCCUUCGACGACGAGCCGACAGCCAAUCACCGCGUCCAGGGAGACGAUCGUUUCUGCACCGAGAAAAAAGAAAAAAAAAAAGAAAACACGUGUCAUCGAAGCAAAGAAUUAUUUCACUGAAUAGUACCGAAGAAAUAUAUCGUUAAUUCCGAAGAGCAAUGAAAUGGCUGAAAUCAAUUGUCAUCAUUCGGAAUAAAUGUUGCAUCGAAUUAUUCCUUGAGUUGGCGGAAAAUAUAUAUUUGAUGGUAUUCGCAGAAAUGUUUCUUCGUUUCGAUGAAAUCCUUUUUCUCAGUGCGGCGUCGCCACGACGGGGACGCGUUAACAAAAACAGUGCCUAUCACACUCCGGUCUUGAAGGGAUAACUUUGUACAAAAUUGAAUACAGGGCCAAGCGAGAAACACAAAGUAAUUGUUAGGAGGCGCGCCUACUAUUUAGACGGUUGUACUUGUACAUUGUAUGACGGGGCGAGCAGGCGCCGUGCUACCACGCGCCGCUCUCAUUACACGUAUAUAAUUUACACGCAUCCUUGCUAAGAGACGUCGUCCUCGCCGCGAGAGGGACGGAAAAGCGAGGGAAAGGAGACAAAGGGGGCUAAAUACAGGAGGGGAGGAGAAAUAGUUGAAACGCCGUCGCUUUUCCUCCGGCAAAUAGGAGCGAAAUGGCGGCGGCCGCCGAUUACGUACGCGUUUUCACGCUUUACGCAGCACACACGCACCCCGGUCCAAGGGUGGAAACCGAAGGAACCCUCUUACAAACACAGGCUGUGAAUUAUCUCCGGAAAUACGGGAAUCUCGGACGAAACGUGGGGGAAAACGCGAAGAGAGAGUGAGAGGACGAGAGGUUAGAGAUUCCAGAAAUCGAGAAGACGUUAACGACACCCCUGGCGCAGCUCUAAGACAACCUUCUCUUGAAUAAAGAAAAAUUCUCCGAUAAACCUUGGGAACCAAAGAACAUUCUGCAAUUUUUUUCAGAAUUUUCCACGGAGAUGUUCCUCCGGAAAGAAAUAUUUUCUUUACGCUUCUGAGAUUUCCAGGGAGGGACUCAGUGCUCGCCAGGAGUUGGAAAGGAAACAAUACUGCCAGAUUUUAUUACGAAAUGGGGAUGGAGAGAUCGUGCAUAAAUUAGAAGAGGAAUGAAAAAGGAAGCGAGGGGUCAAACACAUAUCAAUGAAAAAAAAAAAAAUGAAAAUACAAAGAACCACCUCGCAGAUGUUGCAUAAAAGAGCUCCUUACUUUGCCUCUCUCUUGGCGUGCUUCUUCCUCGUUUUGGUCGCGUGUCCGAGGGCGCACAAAACGAAUAUUAAAAGAAAAAAAAAAAAGAAGGAAAAGAGCGAAAAUGAAGAAAACCUCUAGAGAGUGAAGUCCCUCCGAGACGGCGCGUCGAGGAGAGGACUUCGUCAGAUCUUCCAGCGAGCAACCCUUCUUUUCAUCCCUCGAUGCCGAAAUGCAGGGAACGCGGUGCUCCCUUUUUAUUUCUUUUUCCAGUUAUUUCUUUCCUUCCCCUAAGCACCCCCGAGCACAGUUAUAGUUCCAGGAGAGAAGAGGUAGCGCGGAAUUAUAGAGCGCACGCGGGGCGUGUCAGGAAUAUUCUCGAGUUUCCCUCGGGAACCCCCUUAAGGGGGUCGCGAAAGGGUUGAAAACGGUCCGGAGAGAUGCCUGGCGUAGUUCAGGAUUUUUUGAGAAUUUUUCCAGAACUUUUCGGAAUUUUUAGAGAAUUUUUUUCACGGCGACUUUCGCGGCGCCUCUUCUCCUUAGAACGAAGGGGUUGGUGAUUUCUCCCUAGAAAGGACUCGGGGGGAGGGUCAAUUUUGUGUGUCUAAAAAUUAAGAGACUACUCUUAAGUACUUACCUAAGCGCGUAGAGCUUAAGGGCGAUUUCCUACCUUUUUGGAUUUUUUUUCUUCUUUUUUACUUUCCCUUGACGAAACGCACCCGCGGGUGGAGCGAAACAAGAUGGCGAAUCCGCGCGCAGGGCGAGCAUGGAACUUUCUUCGUGGCUUACUCUUGUCUUUGUGAAAGUCGUGUCGUUUUGCGCAAACUUGUGAUUCUCGGAAGGGAAAGAAAAGGCCGGCGAGCCUAGUAAGUUAUUGCGUAGCUCCUAGUACCUAUUUCGUGCGUAGUCUUUUGUCCAGGAAGAGAGAGAGACGGUCCUCCUUCGCGCUUUCCUUCUCGGACGUCCUCGCGGGGAGAGGGGAAACGAAACUCGGCAAAAAAUCGAGAGGGACGAAAUACAAGAAAUCGCGGACAUGGACAUUUCGAGGAUAACGAGUAAAAUUAAACCAAAAAAAAAAAAGAAUACACGUGAAUGUUACAAAGUAUAUAUAUAUAGAUGCUAUUGACAAAUUGAUUAUGCGAGGUGCGGAGGGUGGGGGAUCGGCGAGUCGCGACAACAGUAAUGUGCAAAAAUGAGAAAAAUUUAGAGAUUUAAGGCGACACGAAAGGGGCAUCUCAAUUAUUAAUACAAUUUAUCUCCGAACUGGGUGCACCGAAUUGUUUCAAACUUUCCAACGUGAAUACGGAGGCUAUAAGGAAGGUCCGGGCCCUGAGGAAAUUUCACAUUUUAUAAAAGAUAUUAAAUGUUCAUCAAGGAAUAUAUAAAAUAUGAAAUUUCAUGGGUGUCAGGACCUCCCUUACAGUCACCACAUUUACGUUCUAAAGUUUGAAGCGAUUCGGAACACCCAGUUUGGAGAAAAGUUUAAUGAACGAGAGCUCGGACGCCACUUUCGUAUUGCCUUAAGAAUUCAAGGAUUUGGAGAAUUACAAAAUUGGUAAAAUUUUGCGACAUCACCCGGGACCUUUAGGGGGUCUAGGAAAUCAUACUGCCAGGGGUCCUUUUUUUUUGUGAAGGGGAGAAGAAAAUUUUGUACUUGUGGAAAAGGGACCCCUUUUUGUGGAGCGCCGAAGAAAUGCGAAACUCGGCCGGCCUCCGCGCUCUCCGCACAUUUCGGGUCAUAUUCUCUAUUAUUAGGGGGCGUAAUCGGUCAAAAUGUCCGGGGUCUCCACUGGUUUUCUCGAGGAAUGCACCCGGGGUAGUUCCACCCUGGGGUAGUUACAAAUCCACUGCUCAAAUACGCGUUUAGGCCCUUACGACUGUUUUCGCGAGCCGGACAAUUUGGCCGAAGGCGCCCCUCGUGUUACGAUUAGGGUUUUCCAAUUUUUAAAGGCGUAAGAUUGAUAAAUGAUUACACAAAUGAGUCUAUAUAUAUAUAAAUAUUAUAUACAUACUAUAAAGUAUAUGUGUAGUAGUUUUUAAUGAAUUUUUAGCAAUGUAUAUAUGUCCAAUUGAGAAAGAACGACGUAUAUAUUAAGGGUACGGAGACAACAAGAGUCAGGACCUUCCUUUUUUUUCUUUUUAUUUCUUUUUUCAUUUUUUGUCAAUUUGUUCCUCCACGUUCUUAGUUCCGGGUUUCCUUUCGUUUCUCUCUGUCUGUUUCUCUUCUGCUCUUUCUCGCUCCUCGACUCUCUUCCGUUUUUCUCUCUCGUUUCGUUUAGCCUCGCGGUUGUCGUUGACUUUCGCCGAUUUUCUCCCCUUCCGGUGGUUCUUGCCUCCCAUAAUUCUUGUGUUUGUUUUUCCUGCGUGUUUUAUCGGUUUCGCCCCUUCGAUGUAUUUUUUAUCACGCCCUAUUGGACGCAUCAAAGGUCGAGGACUUCCCCUUUGUUCGUUCUUCGUGUAUGGUUCUAUUAUUUUCUAUCGAUUUUUCCUCGUUUCGAUAGCCGCGCGCGUCCACCGAUCGACAAGUUUAUCCGUGUUUUGUUUAUCACUUUUUUCCCAUAUCGAGGGAUUCGCUCGAAACUAGUCCAGGCGUCGAGAAACGUCAGCGUAGAUGAAUGCCCGACGAGAUAUAGGAAGCGUGUAGGUUUUUGACUGGGCGUCGAAAAAGUCGCCGGAAACGAGAAAACCUCGAGGAGAAAGAUGACGGGACGAGGGGAGAAGGAAACUCGAGAAAAAUAUACGAAUUUGGAGGUUUUCUUCGAGUUUCCAGGAAUUCGUCCGCCCGAUUCCAGGAAUUUAUCGGCGCCCAUCAGAGUGCAAUAUACGUGCGCGCUCGUUCCACCGAUUUCCGUUCCUCAUUCUGCUUUCUCGUCGCUUCCCGAGACACGAGAGAGAUACGUAAACGGGGGGAAGUAAGCGGAACAAAAGAAAAAUGAGAAAUGCCCUUUUCGGCCAAGGAGUAUAUUUUUCACACAGAGCUGAUAUUUAAGAGUAGAGAAGAGAAACGCAAGGACUAAACGAGAGAGCCAGUUUUGUAAUACGUCGCCGCGCCGGCCAGGCGAGGAUAUGAUUAAAAAAGAAAAGGAGGAAAAAAAGUAAUGAGACGAAGUAGAGGUUGAGGAGGAUACGACAAAACGUAGCAAUAUUUUUACACGAGUUCGCAAUGCCUACUGUCGUUCACCGUAUAUAUUCGAUGUAAGGAAGGAGUCAGUAUGUCUUUUAAGUUCGCUUUCGUCCGUAUCGAAGUAUAAGUAAUGCACGUUGUAUUGGAGUUUGUUUUUUCUUUUAUUUUUCUCCUUUUCGUUUCGCUGUCAUUCUCUUUUUCUCUUUCUGUCCCUCUUGGCCCUUCUUGCUUCGGAUUUGAUUUCCCACCUUCCGGUCUCCCUGAAAAUCGGGGAAACCGCGGAAAUCAUUGGCGCUUGCGAUUACGUAAUUUUCUUUUCUUCGUUUUCGUUUUCCUCCAUCUUCAUCUUCUCCACUUUGUUUCCUUCGCUGCGAUUCACCCGAUCCCAUUGAUCGCGUCCAGCGGGGCACUGCUCUAAAUUAUCUUACUCUAGUUUCUUAAGUUAUAACUAUACAUAACGAGAAGAAGAUGAAAAGUUACGCUAACGACUAACUUUAAAGACAGACAAAACACAUACACACACACUCUGUACAUUUUGUAUUUAGUAACCUUGUUUAUAAUACUUAUUAUCUUGUUAUUAAGUACCCGAUUUAUAUCAUUUUUUAUCGAAAUUAUUAAAAAAUAAUUUAAAAAUA